AGCAUUACUCGAUGCACAAUAAACAAUAUUGGUUUAGGUUUUUGACAAAUGUUCAUAUAUUUAUACAUAUAUCAAGAGCGUAGACAACAUUUUAAUAGCAUAUUGGAGUCGAUGUCACUUUCCACCAACGCAUCAUUCGAAGCCUCGAAACCAAAGUGUUUGACGGAUAUGCUUUUUCAUGGGAAAAUAUGAUGGACGAGAAAUUAUAAUUUGGUUGAAUUAAAUUGGAAAUAACAUGUAAUUGUAAUUGUAAUUAUGAUAACAUUUCAAAGUAGAUAUAAAAAUAAAAACCUUUUUCUAAAUGUAUUUAUUAAAAUGACUAUUUUGCUUAAACCGGAAAUCCUUUUAAUUUCAGCACGCCCAAUACAAUGGCAAUGCGGCUAUUGUCGAAACUCCGCCGCCAUCGGCCAUCGCCGCUGCCGCCGCCGCCACUCAUCCAUCUAUACUCCCACUUCUCUUCCUCUCCAUCUUCUUCAAAUUCCUUAUUCGACAGCACAAUCCACCACCACAGCCACCACAAUGGGCUGCGUAAUUACAAUCCUCGAUUCUCAUCAAAGCUGCACUCGCUCCCACCUCGCGGUGGCUUCUCAAUUUCUCGACGAUUCUCCACUGAUCCCAGUUUUCCUGACCCGGACGAGCGAUUUCUUCCAGUCAAAACUCUCAUAUCGUUGCUCGAUUCUUACCACGAUGUUACUGCCUUCCCUUGGUGGGUGAUAAUUGCUUCAUCCACAGUGGCGAUGCGGCUUACCAUAUUUCCUCUAAUCGUUGUACAACUUAAAAAAUUGAAGACCAUAGGGGAGCUAUUACCUAAAUUACCUCCACCAUUUCCACCACCUCUGUCAGGAAGAAGUUAUAGGGACCAGUUUUCCCUUUUCUUGAAGAAAAAGAAGGCUGCCGAGUGCCCUUCAGUCUUUUGGUUCUUUUCGUCAUUUGCUGUCCAGGUCCCUUGCUUUUUCUUGUGGCUCAUGAGUGUUCGUAGAAUGUCACUGGAUCAUCACCCGGGUUUUGAUAUUGGAGGAACUUUAUGGUUCCAGAACUUGACUGAGUAUCCACAUGGUGUGCUGGGGCCUAUUCUCCCAUUGCUUAUUGCAGGCUUGCAUUUUACCAAUGUGCAGAUCUCUUUUAAAAAAUCAUCACUUCAACAUUUACCAGGGUCCUUAGGAUUAUUAGUAAAGAUAUACAGGAUUUAUUUGCGAGUGCUGACACUUCCUAUUAUGAUUGCUGCAUUGAAUAUUCCCCAGGGGAGCUUAGUGUAUUGGUUUACAAAUAGUACAUUGAGUCUGAUACAGCUGUUAUUGCUUAGUAAUCCAGAUGUUCUUGAGUAUUUUGGGCUUCCUAAGAAAAAUGCUCUAGCAGUCGCCCCAACUUUGAAAGAAACAGGCAGCACGGCGGGCCUAGCCGAUUUCACUAUAGUGACAAAGAAGGGAGAAAUCUCCGCUCAAAGCCUAUCACCUGAGGAAUUGGUUUCUUUUGCAAUCAAAAUCUUAACCGAUGGCCGUAAGGAUCAUGCAAUUAGAUUACUAAGACUUGCUCUGGAAAAGGAUCCUGAACAUGUAAGAGCUUUACUUAUUAUGGGGCAGACGCUGCUACAAAACAAACAAUUUGCCGAGGCAACCGACUCCUUAGAAAGUGCAAUUUCAAAGCUCCUUGUGGCUGGCUCUCCUACUGAAGUUGAAGAAAUUGAUCUUUUGAUUCUUUCAUCGCAAUGGGCGGGUAUUGCCAAUGUUCAGCAGGGGAAGAUGGAGGAGGGUCUGGUGCACCUGGAAAGAAUAGGUCAACUAGAAGAGCCUCAAGAUUCAAAGAGCAAGGCCCACUACUAUGAUGGUAUACUUAUUCUUUCAAGUGCUUUACUGAAUGUGGGGCGCAAAGACGAGUCAAUGGAGUACUUGCAGAAGGCCGUUGCAUAUAAUCCUGCCUACAGUGUUUAUAUUGAAAGCUUGGAAAAUGAUUCAAAGGAUUUCGCGGGUGAUCUAGCUAACAGCAGGAGAGAUUUCUGAGUGAGUGUCAUUCUUUCUUUUGCAUUUAGUUACGCAGAAACAUAUUUGGUCCAAUUCUUUUAGUUACGCAGAAACAUUCUUUCUCAGCUAAUGGUAAUAAUACCCCCUCUGUGAAGAGGGGUUUAUUAGAUGCUACCCCAGUGAAAUACACCGGGUGAGAACUCACCAUACAAAAUUAAACAUCACCACCCACACGUGUGUGUUUUUAGGUGCAAAACCACCCGGUGUAUUUCACAGUAGCGUCUACAUUAUACAAGGCCAGAAUCAGGCUUGCACUAUAAUUAGGAACAGCCCAACGACAAGGCCUAUAAGGCAGGCCUUGGGCCUCCAAAAGCCCAAAUUCUUACGAUAAAGUUAAUGAUGUGGCUUCGGAGAAACGAGCAGUUAUAAAUUCAUCUAUACGAGUUUAUUUGAUAUUUAUCUAAAUAAAUUAUGAAAAUAAUUAUUUUA